AUGGAACAUGAAAGGGACUUCACCAUGACAAUCCUUUGCCUGGGCUUAGGCGGCCAAGAUGGCGAGAGUCGGAAACCUAAACGGCGUCGCGAGGUCGACCCGAGGCCGCCCGUCAAGUUCGACGUGUUGUUCCCGUCACAGUCGAACCAGAACAACAAGGACAUGAUCAACGAAUCGGUCGGGAACGAGAACUACGCCUCUCUUUGUAAAUCGAGGUCGAGGAGCGUCAACAACGGAGUCGAAAGCGGCGGCGAGGAUGGCAACGGAUGCACGAGGAAGAAGCUUCGGCUCACGAAAGAUCAACUCGCGUUGCUCGAAAGCAGCUUCGUUCAACACAACACCCUUAAUUCCAGCAUGAAGCAAGAACUAGCCCACAAGUUAAACCUAAGUCCGCGACAAGUCGAAGUGUGGUUCCAAAAUAGAAGAGCUAGGAGUAAGUUGAAGCAAAAUGAGGUGAACUAUGAGAUGCUAAAGAAGUGCUGUGAGAGGCUAAGUGAGGAGAACCAAAAGUUGAAGGAGAAGUUAGAGGAACUGAGAUUAAUGAGGCUCAAAUUACCAUUUUAUGUACAACAAUAUCAAAAUGAGCACACACUUAUCAUGUGCCCUUCUUGUAAGCUCAAGGGAGAAGAUGAUGCUUUGGCUUCUGUGAAAAUAAGCCAGUAG